UAUAAUUCAGGGCACUGCAGCCGGCUCGCGCCCGCUUGAUUAAAACUUGCUGUUGCUUACUUUACCUUCGUUAGCCUCGUUGUCAACAUGCACCCACUGAAUAACACCCCGGCACUUUCCAGCACGGAGACGUCCGGCAGUAUCUACGAAUUCAACCAUGUGGGAAUCUCGGUGCCCGACUGCGAUGCCGCCGUCGCCUGGUACACAUCGGUGCUCCACUAUCGGCUUCUGAAGCCCGUUUUGCACGUCAAGCGCGAGCUGCUUCCAGAAGCCUUCAUCUUCAAGAUUUUCGACAGUAAGCUCCAAGAGUUCAAGAUCGCCUGGCUCGGGACUGGUCGGAAUGGUGGUGGAUUGGAGUUGUUCGAGUUCAUCGAACCGGCUCACCGUGCGCCGGAGCAAGAAGGGAUCGACUACACCCGUUGCGGCGUGUUUCAUAUCUCCCUCACGGUUCCCAACCCAGAUGACGUGGGCCAGCAGGUACUGGAAGCAGGCGGUACGAGGAUAGGACACCCGGUGACCAUGCCUUCCGGCGACCGGGUCGUGUACUGUCAGGACCCCUGGGGCAACACGCUGGAGCUUUUGAGCGCCCCCUUUGAGCAGAUCAUACAGACCGGGCCCCCGAGCGAGCCCUAAUUAGUGCCUACGGUCGCGGUAUCCCCCUAUGUUCCUAUGUUGCUAGUCCAGCUUGAGGAUCGCGAUGAAUGGAACGCAGAACACGCCGAUGUUUCUCGUUACUCUAGCGGGGUGUUUUUCCCGACUGGUUGGUCUCAAUGGUAUGAUUCAGCUAUGUAGUACAAUGGCACUC